CGCCGCGGUGGUUGUGUUAAACGUAAUUUAAUUUCUAUUGAAUCAAUUCUUAAAUAUUUUAAAAUGUAUACCGGAUUCCUUUUCAUAGUGGCUUUUGCUAUCUUGGCCACAACUGCAGUCUCCGACGAUUCUCUUUCGGCAACUGUAGAUGGAAAUAAAAUGAGCAUACCAACAGAUGAUCUGUGUAGAAAAGCAGGGUUUGUCAAAAACUCCAAUGUCGCCACAAAACACGCCGCUGCAGAAGGCACAAAUCAAGCUGCAACUGGCAGCAAAGAUGAGCCAGCGAUGUCCGUUACGGCCAUCAUUCUGACGGUCCUCGGCAUAAUGGUCGCGAUCCUCGGAGCGGGGUUAUUCGCCCUUUACUUGCAUAAUAAAACGAAAGUUAACUAA